UGCAAACCUUUCUUCUCCUUAUGCAGCCAUUUUUCUUCUUCUUCAGUUUUUAAAAUAAAACUACUAAAUUGAAAAGGAGAGACGAAGCUUAUGAAGUGAUAACGGAUUAUUCGGCUCAUUGAUCUGUUCUUGUAUUUGGACUUUUGUGGUUUCUUUUGAGAGCAAAAGGUAUGAAUUCAUGUUGUUUUCGGAUAGAACACAUGUUGACUUACAAAAAGAAGAUACACCAUUGAUUUAUUACAUGGAAUGUUACCUGCUAGACUCACAACCAUAUUGAAUAACUGCCCAUCUGCUAACCAGGCAAAACAAAUACAUGCACAGAUUGUUGUCAACAGCCUUAAUAAACUUGAGCCUCUCUUAGUCCGUCAAAUCCUUGUCGCUUCUCCCAGUUACACUAAAAUUGUUUCUCAGUAUGUCGAGAAUAUUCUUUUCCAUCUACGGGAUCCAGAAACCUUCUCAUGGGGUUGCACAGUUAGAUAUUUCUCUCAGCAGGGCCAAUUCGAGAAAGCUUUAUCUCUAUACAGAGAGAUGGUUAGACAAGGACUUUGUCCAAGCACAUAUGCUAUCUCGUCUUCUUUAAGGGCGUGCGCUAGAAUUUUACAUAAUAUAGGAGGGAUUUCAAUUCAUGCUCAGUGUUAUAAGUUUGGAUUUUGUGGUUGUGUUUAUGUGCAAACUGCCCUUGUGGAUUUGUACUCAAAACUGGGCGAUAUGAACAGUGCAUUGAAGGUUUUUGAUGACACGGUGGAGAAAAAUGUGGUUUCGUGGAAUUCAAUUUUAUCUGGAUAUUUAAAGUCUGGGAAAUUAGAACAGGCUCAGAGCUUGUUUGAUCAAAUACCAAUGAAAGAUAUUGUAUCGUGGAAUUCGAUGGUAUCAGGGUAUGCAAGUAAUGGAGAUAUGGACCAGGCUUGCCUUUUAUUUCAGCAGAUGCCAGAGAGAAAUUAUGCUUCGUGGAAUGCAAUGAUUAGCGGGUAUGUGGAUUGUGGUAACAUAGAAUCAGCGCAGGGUCUUUUUGAUGCAAUGCCCCAAAGAAAUAACAUUUCAUGGAUUACUUUGAUUGCUGGGUACUCGAAAUACGGAAAUGUCGAGUCUGCAUGGAUUUUAUUUAACCGGAUGCUUAAGAAAGAUCGCCUCUCAUAUAAUGCCAUGAUAUCUUGUUUUGCACAAAAUAACCAGCCUAACGAGGCCCUUAAGCUGUUCAAUGAGAUGCGUAAAUCUGAUAAUGAUGUUCAACCAGAUAAAAUGACUAUAGUAAGUGUUUUAUCCGCUUGUUCACAAUUGGGUGAUUUGAGACAGGGAUCAUGGAUUGAGUCAUAUAUAAAGAAUGUUGGGAUAGAAUUUGAUGAUCAUUUGGUCACUGCUUUUAUUGACCUUUACGCAAAGUGUGGGAAUGUUGACAAGGCGUAUGACUUAUUUCAUUGUCUGAAGAAAAAGGACGUGGUUGCUUAUAGUGCAAUAAUAUUUGGAUGUGGCAUUAAUGGGAAGGUUGCUGAUGCUGUAAAAUUGUUUGGGGAAAUGAUGACUGCCCAGAUAAAACCAAACUUAGUCACAUUUACCGGACUAUUAACCGCCUAUAACCAUGCUGGUUUGAUUGAAGAGGCCUACCGAUGCUUUAAAUCCAUGACGAACCACCAACUUGUGCCUUUGAGCGAUCACUACGCAAUCAUGGUUGAUCUCUUAGGUAGAGCAGGAAGACUUCAAGAAGCCUAUGAGUUUAUAAAAAGUAUGCCUAUGCAGCCUUAUGCUGACGUUUGGGGCGCUUUACUGCUUGCCUGUGAGGUACAUAGUAAUGUCGAGUUUGGAGAACUUGCAGCUCGACGUUGCUUUGAGUUGGAACCUGCUACGAGUGCCUAUUAUUCUCUUCUUGCCAACGUUUAUGCCUCGGUGGGGAGGUGGGAUGAUGCCAAGAGACUGAGGAAGGCGGUGAAAAAGAAGAAACUGGUCAAAUUGCCAGGCUGUAGUUGGACAGAAUCAACUUAGAAGCCAUCAAGAGCUCAGAAACCUCGCUGUCAAUGCACCGACAAAAUUGGUUUAGUCAUGGAUGACUAUGGUGUCAACUUGUCAUAUCUUUUUAGUUCAUGCCACAGGAAAGUCUAAUGGAUAAUUUUUCGUCCCCUGCACCAUGUCGCUGGCCCUUGUGCUACGCGUGUUCUUUCUUUCUCAGGCAGACCUUGCUCUUAUGGUACAAGCGUUUCAAUAUGUUUAGUUCUGUUUAAGAGUCCACAAUACGCAGUACGAGUGGACAUUGAUAUCACUGUUCCCUUGUUUAUUUUUGCUAUACCUGUCGACGGACAUCAUAGCUAAGUGAUUCUUUUUCUUGAAAGGAGCUGCCCAUUGAGCGGAUCAAUCCUCUAGUUGUGGUAUGUAAGAUCACUCUAAUUUUUGAUGGACUGAAAUUUACUCUUCCAGCGAGGGCAUUGUAAUAGGGAUAGAAAGAAGCCUGCUUAUUACUUACUGCCAUCAACAAAAUAUUAUUGUAAUCAAUUUCUGAUUAUCUGAAUUUUCUGGCGUUUUUUUUA